UUGCGCUUUCGCAUUUGCCAGCUGCAAAUAUUCAGUCACGAGCUUCGUCUUCGCAGGACCUGCCGCAAACUUUGCCCUUUGUCGAGCCCACAGCAGCACCAGGAACAGGCGAGGGAGGUGUGCCAGCGAUCGGCGCGCAGGCGUCGUGGGCUCCACUAGGCGACGGCGGUGAGUCUGUCAUGUCUACUAUGCGAUACAACAGCACGACCAACACUUGGCAGAUGGUGCCAAUGGUCUGGACAGCAACGGCGGAUGGAUUUCCAGUGCCAGGAAGCAACGCAGAUGAACCGCGAGCGAACUCGUACGUCCAAAACUCGUAUGUUGCCAGGGGAGUGGACUCGUGGCGGG